AUGCAGUGUGGUCUGGAGCAAUUGAAUGACUGCGAACGUUCGCCAAAUCGAACAAAUCUGCGCGUCAAUUUCAAUGAGAAGGGCGCCGAGGUGAAGGAGCGACGUGAAAAGUUUCUGACUGCCAAAUACGGUUCACAUCAGAUGAGUUUAAUACGCAAGCGUCUGGCUGUCGAAAUGUGGCUAUAUGAUGAGCUGCAGAAGCUCUUUGAUCCACCGACCGAAGCUAUAGAUGUGGAUAUUGAUGAAAUUCUGGACAUGGAUACGGAUGACAUAAGAAGAACUCAUUUAAUCAGACUACUGUCAGUUUGCAAGCGCCCGCAGUCGGACAUAUCGAAAUUUAUCAGUGAUCUCUUGGAUCGUGCAAAAACGCUGUAAAUUGUCUGCUUAACAAAAAAGAGAAAUAAUACGCAAAAACUAAAAUAAAAUAAAAUAAAAUAAAAGUAAAAAUUAAUAUACUAUAAACUAUGCAAGCGAAAUAUGUAUAAUUUUAAGUUUAGCUGCUUUAAGAUAAACCCCACACACACACACACACAAACAAAGAUUGCAAUUAAUUUUUGCUAGUUUGUUUGCCUUGGCUAAUUUCAAAGUUUUCUAUUUUAGUUAUUAAACAACAAGUACACACCGAUAAUAAAUGCAUCGUUUUAGCCAUAAGUACAUCAAAUUCAUCAAUUUUGUGAUGAGAUUUCUUAAAUAAAUAAUUAGAACUUACAUGAAUCAAUCAUAAGAUGGCCUGAAAAUAAAAGAAGAAAAACAAACAUUUAGUUUAUAAAUUCGCAAGCGUGUGUAGUUAAUACAAAUUGUAUAAGAAAUAGUAAAAAGUAUAAAUAUACACUCUGGUUGUUUGCAAGUUGCAAAAAAUUGUGUUUUUUGCAUGAGCGUGCUUAUUUUCACUUAAAACUCAAACUAUCUAAACUUUUGAAUUGAAUUGCAUUGAAUUGAGAAAACAAAGAAAAAUAAAUGUACAUUUUUUUGUAUAACCAAAGCAAAAUGAAUAUGAAAAUGAAAGCUCAGGUUCACUGCCAAAACGUGGAGAGUAAGAAUGUUGCGAAUGAAAAUAAAUAGAAAAUCUUUGUGCUAACUUUUUGCUGAUACAAACAAACAUAAAACGUACAAUUUAGUUAUUUUUAAUAUAUAUAUUUUUUAUUUCAUUAACUAUAGAAACUGCAUGUUUCGCCCCUGCGCCGCUAGUUGCAAUAUUACCAUUAAAUAAAUUAUUUAUUAAACGCAUAUUGAAUGUAAAUAAAACCGAACAACAACAACUUUUAGGCAAACACUUGAAAUUCUUUGUAAAUACAUUUUGCUAAACAACAACAAAAGUGAAAUUCAUUCAAGUUCUACACUCCACGAACAUUCAUUUGUAGUAGUAUCUAAAAUACAUUUCUAAACAAUUGAACUCUAACCUAAAAAGUAUUUUAAAUAUGCUCAAUAUGGCAACAAGCAAAUAAAUAAUUAUAAUCAAUACAUUUUAUAAAAAACGAAACACUCUUCUAUCAAAUACUCUAUCCCUUACAUACAUAUAGUAUUAGUAAACUCUCUUUCAACAUUGCUAUUUACAUAAUCAAACAUUUUUAGGUGCUCUUCACGCGUAUUUAAUUGUCAUCAUAUUUAGCUACAGACAUUUAAGCAUUAUAUAACUAAUCAUGCACUUAACUAUCAUUUAUCAUAUUUAGCAAUGAAAGCAAACAGCAAAAUGAAAACAAAAUAAUAAUAAUAAUGCACACACACACAAACACACACGCUGUAAGGUAUAUGCUGAGAAACAGAUUUAUAAGUGGCAAAAGUUUACAAUAAAAUUUAAUUGCUUUAGACAAAAAACAA